AGUGCGUUUGCGACCAGCAUGGAUUCAGACCAGCCAGACCAGUCUGGUCAGGAUCCAUGCUGUUCGCUAAUUGUUUCUCUAAUUGCAAUAGGCUAUGAAAGCGAACAACAUGAAUCCUGACCAGACUGUGCAGAUGCGCAGGCUGGUCUGGAUCCAUGCUGGUCGCAAAGCCACUAUGUUGGUUUUCUCAUGGCACGGCUCAUAUGUAAAUUCAUCAUACUACUGUAUGUGUGAAACAAAGUAAGACAGAACGGAAAAGUAAUGAAAGGCUUACUUGAACGCCUAAGAGACGGGGAUUCUAUUGUUAUCGCGGAAGGAUACCUAUGGGAAAUUGAAAGACGCGGCUUUGCGCAGUUUGGUUCCCAGGUUCCCGUUGUUGUUUUAGAAAAGCCGGACGAAGUGGAGACGCUGCAUGAAGAAUUUGCACUUGCCGGAAGUGACGUCAUUGAAGCAUUUACAUACUUUGGUCAUCGGGAGUAUAUGAAGCGUCAAGGUCGGGAAGACGAGCUGGAAAAAUUGAACAGGGAUGCUCUCAGUAUUGCACGGAAGGUGGCCGAUAAAUACGGUAAACUCAUGGCCGGCGGAUUGUCAAACACGCCCCUCUACUCGAAAAUGGACAAGGAAAGUCAUCAGAAAAUAUAUGACAUGUUCAAGGAGCAAGUCAUUUGGUGUGUAGAAGGAGGAGCGGAUUACAUUAUUGGAGAGACAUUUGACGCCUUUGGUGAAGCUGAGCUCGCAUUAAGGGCAAUCAUGGAUCAUGGAAAAGGUUGCCCAGCAGUGAUUACAAUGGCGGCUCACAUCCCGGACCGGACUACCGAUGAUAUCCCUAUAACAGAAGCGCUCAAACGUCUAGAAGGUCAAGGAGCAGCGGUUGUUGGUCUAAACUGCUCACGUGGCCCUGACAUUAUGAUGCCACUUUUGCGAGAAAUAAGAAACGUUUGCAAGGGACCUAUUGCUGCCAUACCGGUGCCUUAUAGGACUACAGAAAAGGAGAGAACCUUUUAUGCAAUUAAGGAUCCAAAGACAGGAAAGUGCUUGUACCCGCACAACUUAGAUCAGGUUCGCAGUUCACGUGAAGAAAUCCGGAAGUUUGCAGAAGAUGCUAAGUCCUUAGGGGUUCAAUACGUGGGCCUUUGUUGCGGAAAUUAUCCCAGUUUGAUUCGCGAGGUAUCAGAAGUGUAUGGAAAGAAACCUCCGGCAUCAAAAUACUCCAUGAAGGGUGCAUGGAUUUCUGGGGAAACACCGAAAAAUGAAAUUGUGAAGACGAUAAGGAAGUUUAUGGUUGGAGAUGAAUGACAAGGAUUUUGUAUUCUUUGUGACGUUGACGAAUGUAAAGAUGAAUAUCACUUAAUUUUUAUUUUAUGUAAAAAAUCUGAAAUACUUGCCUGAAACAUGAAUUCUGUAAAGUGUAUUAAUAUCUUUGAAAUGAAUUAUAUGUUUUUAAUAAAAGAUAAUCUUUCCAAAUU